CAAAUCCAGCCUGCCUCUCUCCUUCCACACUGAGUCCAAAUCUUCAGUCACUGGGUCCUGAUUGUGACAGUGGAGCCCAGUUUGCACUGCAGGAUCCAGAGAUGGCAUCAGUGAAGCUGGAAGACUGCAGUCAAACACUGGAGCUGAAUGUCAACAUUAAAGAUGAAGAAGAGGAGGAGAAGAUUGGUAAAUCUGUUAAUCAUGGAGACCAUGUUGAGACAUUCUCUACAUCCAGAGAGCAACAGCAGGAAGAUCACAGAGCUAACAGGUCUCACCACUGCCCACAUUGUGAGGAGAUUUUCCCAAUUCUAUCAAAUCUAAAAAUACACCUAAAAAUACACACAGGAGAUAAUCUGUAUCCCUGUACUGACUGUGGGAAGAGAUUCACGACAUCACAGGCUCUAACAGCUCAUCAGAAAGUGCACACUGGAGAGAAGCCAUACUUCUGCUUUGUCUGUGGGGAGAGUUUCUCUCAACAGGGCCAUCUAAAAACCCACCAUCGAAUACACACAAGAGAGAAGCCAUACUCCUGCUUUGACUGUGGGGAGAGUUUCUCUCAACAGGGCCACCUAAAAACCCACCAACGAAUACACACAGGAGAGAAGCCUUACUCCUGCUCUGACUGUGGAAAGAGUUUCUCUCAACUGGGCAGCUUAAAAACACACCAACGUAUACACACAGGAGAGAAGCCUUACUCCUGCUCUUACUGUGGGGAGUGUUUCUCUCAACUGGGCAACUUAAAAACACACAAACGUAUACACACAGGAGAGAAGCCUUUCUCCUGCACUGACUGUGGGAAGAGCUUCACAACAUCACAAGCUCUGACAGUUCAUCAGAGAGUGCACACUGGAGAGAAGCCUUAUUACUGCUCUGAAUGUGGAAAGAGUUUCUCCCAAUUGGAUAUGUUAAAAUGUCACCAACGAAUACAUACAGGAGAGAAGCCUUACUCCUGCUCUGACUGUGGUAAGAGUUUCUCUCAACUGGGCAACUUAGAAGCACACCAACGUAUACACACAGGAGAGAAGCCUUACUCCUGCUCUGAGUGUGGGAAGUGCUUCACAACAUCAGCUGAGCUAAAGGUUCAUAAAAGAUCACACACAGGAGAGAAGCCUUACACCUGUUCUGACUGUAGAAAGAGUUUCUCCCGAUUGGAUAUGUUAAAAUGUCAUCAGCGAAUACAUACAGGAGAGAAGCCUUAUUCCUGCUCUGACUGUGGAAAAAGGUUCUCCCAACUGGGCAACUUAGAAGCGCACCAACGUAUACACACAGGAGAGAAGCCUUACUCCUGCUCUGACUGUGGGAAGAGUUUCUCCCGAUUGGAUACCUUAAAACGCCACAAAUGUAUACAUAAAGGGCAGAAGCCUCAUCAGUUCUCUCAGACCAGCUAAGAAUUAAAGUCACUCCAUCACUUAAAGAUGCACUAUGUAGAAAUCACUCCACCAUUUCCUGCAUGUUAAAAUUGCAAUAGUUCUAAUAGCCUCCAGUUUGUGACAAAAUAAGCAGUCAUUGUGUAGUGAAUCAUUGUACCAUCUAAACCGCUGUGAAAUAUAUUUUCCAUUAUCAAAAUAUUGUAUUUUCAGCUGUUGUACAAAAAUGGAAGUAAAAAACAAAACUUCAGAAACGGGAAGCAUAGAAAUAGUGCACAUAGAACAGAUCUACUGCUUCUUAGACCAAGAGAAGCCUUACUCCUUGUCUGACUGUGGAAAAGGCCUCCACUGGGGAAAAGCUUGUGUGUACUGCACUGCCUGUGGGAAUAUUUUGUCUCUAUUGGACACCUUAGCUAGGCUUGGGUGUUAUCCAGAUUGUCAUACCUUCAUACUGACCUUGUGCCAUACCAUAAUAUUAGGUAACUGCACGCAAAAAUAUAUAUUUAUAUAUUUUAGACAGCAUAUAAUAGACAGCAUCCAGGAGAAGUUAGCUAACUAACUACUAAAUUAGCAAACCAAAUGCACAACUGCAGAGCAUUUAGCACAUUUUAGACUGUUAACUUAAAGGGAUAUUCCUCAUAUCCAGCACCACCCCAACAUCAACAUGUGAAUAUUGCGUGUUUCUGUAGUAAAAAAAGAUUGAGGAAGAUAAGUGUUUCUAAUGACAUCAUGGGUGGGCAUCGUGUGAUUUUUGACCAAUUUACGAGGAGGCAUUGCCUACUAAUUGGUUGAUGAUGUCAUUUUCACGUGUUGAUGUUUGGUUGGUGCUUCCUUUCCCUUUAAUAGAGCUAGUUAUAAGAUAUUAUAUAUUUGUCACAUAUAUGUACCGACAGAUGUAGCCUAUUGAAUAUUAUAAAAUAUGCAUUAAAUGCAUCCUCCAAUUGUAAAGUCUGUCUAUGCCCAUACAGAAGACAGUGUUGAGAGCAACAGCAUGAAGAGAGCAAAGAGGUCUCACCACCGCCAGUUCUCUCAGAACAGUUAAGAUUAGAGUCAUAAAAUAAGUUGUAACAGUAAAUUGGAUCAAAUGAAGAAAGUGUAGAACACUAUUGUAAUCCUAUUGUUUCUCACUGUGAGAGAACAAUGCAGAGGAAAGGGAGCGUUCUAGAAUGUUAGCCUCUUUACUUUACAUAUCACUGUGCACCUUGUCUGUUUUGGUGUGUUUUGUUAGCUUCUAAUGUAAAGAUAUUGAGAUGACCUUGGAUUUUCACUUAGUGUUAAAUAUCUUCUGUAAAGCUUCUCAUUUUAAAAACAAACAGUUUAUAGUUUAACAGUUGAUGUGGUGGUACUGCUUCCCUCUCAGUCUGGUCUGACUCUUUCUGUAGGGAGAAUUUCAACUGGUCAGCUUAAAAACACACCCACUGUAUACACACAGGAGAGAAGCCUUACUCCUGCUCUUUGGACGGCUGGGCGUAUAACACGAACAUCUAGCAACCCAAAGGUUUCAUGUUUGAAUCUCAUCACAGAUGACUUUAGCUUAUUUGAGCUAAUAUGCAACUUUGCAAUGUCUUACUACUUUUUAGAUACUACUUAGCAUGCCGCUCCUUAGCAUGUUAGCUUAGCAUGCCACUCCUUAGCAUGUGAGCUUAGCAUGCCGCUACUUAGCAUGUUAGCUUAGCAUGCCGCUCCUUAGCAUGUUAGCUUAGCAUGCCGCUCCUUAGCAUGUUAGCUUAGCAUGCCGCUCCUUAGCAUGUUAGCAAACCCUCCCCCCAAAAGUUUUUCCCCUAACCCUAAACUUAACCCAAAGCAUAGCCACCUAGCUAGCAUUAGCAACAAUAAAUUGUAAUUCGUAACAAAUUGAACAUUUGUAACAUAUUUUACAAAUUCCAAUUCAUAACAUAUCAUAUAAAUUGUAAUUUAUACGUCCUACAAUUUGUAUUCUACAUUACAUGACCAAAAGCAUGUGGACACCUGCGCAUCGAACAUCUCAUUCCAAAAACAUGGGUAUUAAUAUGGAGUUGGUCCCCCUUUUGCAGCUAUAACAGGCUCUUCCCGGGAAGGCUUUCCACCAGAUGUUGGAACACUUGCUUUCAUUCAGGUUGUCCCUCUGCAGUUCUCUGUGGGAAUGAAAUAGACACUAUGUAUCAGAUAGAGAUGAUCAGUUUUCAGCAUUAGUUUGGGGGGAUUAUUUUUGCUAUUAAACAACUGUUUAAUGAUACACAGGUUAUGAAACAACUACAUGUGUUUAUUAAGUUAUCUUUUAAAAGCAGAUUUGUUUUAGUCAUUGAUAAUGAAUGUGUUUGGAUAAUUGCAUAAGUUAAGUUUAUUGAUCUGCCAAUGAAAAAUAAAGUUACAUGAAUAUG